GAAUGUUUUGUAUGAAUUUUCACUGGUGUUGUUGAGGUGGUUAGUUGUUGUAUUUUUGUUUGGCCAUGGAGGAUACCACUAGCCGACUCUUAAGUUUUUCCUUGGCACUUCUCAGUCUUUGUGUCUGUGACCACUUUGGAAGUGUUGGUGGCUUUGUCAGGAGUGGUUAUCCUGUUUACCAUGAGGCUGGUUUCCACAUGCGGGAUAUGAAGCCACGAAGUUCCUACAGCUGGUAUGGGGCUGAUGUAUCAAAUCCCAUCAGUCCUCUAAGACCAAGGAGUAACACUUACAGUGCUGCACAAGUUAAGGGUGUGUAUAGCAGUGCAAGCUAUAGUCCACAAAAUGGCUCUGACUCUGAUGCUAGUAGUCAACUUCAAGGAUCUCUGAUAUCUUCAGCUGGUAGUGACAGUCUCGUUUCUGGUUCUGUGACCACUGAAAUGGGUGCAAGUAUGCCCAUUGAGUCUCUACCUGGGCCAACACCGCUCAACUAUCAAACUGUAAUACAGUCUAGUAAUGAGUCUGUGGUGUCUAGUAGCCAGCAAAUAGUGCAGAACAGCUCCCAGUCCAGUGGCCAACAAGUGGAAGGCAGCUACCAGUCUGCAGUGCAGCCCAUCUUCAAGCCUCAGAGAAGUAGACUUCAAGUUGUUUCCAAGUUAUUUUCUGGUAACGGGCCAGUCCAGAUGUCAAGUUCUACCUUUUUGGUCAAGCCUUUGCAGCAGCGAAAUGAGUUUUCACAACCCAGGUAUCAGUUAGGGCAAGCCAGAUUUGGAUAUGGACUUGUGCCAUUACUGAGUGGCCAGCAACUAGUGCAGUCACGUGAUGGUUCCACAGUUCAGCCUAGUGGUGUGCAGCUAGCACAGGCAAGAUACCAACUUGUGGCUCAGCCUAGCCUCCAACAGUCAUCUCAAGCCAGCAGCCAGAACUCUGAACAAGCUGUAUUGCAAUCUGUGGACCAGUCCAGUGGCCUACAAUCAGCCCAAGCCAUCUCUCAGUCUGUGGACCAGUCUGGCAUCCAAGAGCCAGCCCAAGCCAGCUCUCAAUCCGGUAUCCAAGAGCCAGCCCAAGCCAGCUCACAGUCUGUUGAACUCUCAGGUAGUCUGCUGUCAGCCCAAGCCAGCUCUCAGUCUAUGGACCAGUCUGGCAUCCAAGAGCCAGCCCAAGCCAGCUCUCACUCUGUGGAUCAGUCUGGCAUCCAAGAGCCAGCCCAAGCCAGCUCACAAUCUGUUGAACUGUCAGGUAGUCUGCUGUCAGCCCAGGCCAGCUCACAAUCUGUGGACCAGUCUGGCAACCAACAACCAGCCCAAUUCAGCUCACAGUCUGGCCUGCCGUCAGCACAAGCCAGCUACCAGUUUGUACCCCAGCUUGGUUUCCAAAGACCAACACAAACUGGCUACCAGUCUGUUAAUGGCCUCAGUGGUCUGCAGUCAGGACAAGCCCGCUACCAGUCUUCGUCCCGGCCCAGCGGUCUGCAGUUAGGACAAGCCCGCUACCAGUCUUUGUCCGGGCCCAGUGGUCAGCAGACAGUACAAGCCCGCUACCAGUCUGUGUCCCAGCCCAGUGGCCUGCAGUCAGCCCAAGCCAGGUACCAGUCUGUGUCCCAGUCCAGUCGUCUGCAAUCAGGACAAGCCAGCUACCAGUCUGUGUCCGGGCCCAGUGGUCAGCAGACAGUACAAGCCCGCUACCAGUCUGUGUCCCAGCCCAGUGGCCUGCAGUCAGCCCAAGCCAGGUACCAGUCUGUGUCCCAGUCCAGUCGUCUGCAAUCAGGACAAGCCAGCUACCAGUCUGUGUCCCAGCCCAGUGGGCAACAAGUGGAAGGCAGCUACCAGUCUGCAGUGCAGUCCAUCUUCAAGCCUCAGAGAAGUAGACUUCAAGUUGUUUCCAAGUUAUUUUCUGGUAACGGGCCAGUCCAAAUGUCAAGUUCUACCUUUUUGGUCAAGCCUUUGCAGCAGCGAAAUGAGUUUUCACAACCCAGGUAUCAGUUAGGGCAAGCCACAUUUGGAUAUGGACUUGUGCCAUUACUGAGUGGCCAGCAAUUAGUGCAGUCACGUGAUGGUUCCACAGUUCAGCCUAGUGGUGUGCAGCUAGCACAGGCAAGAUACCAACUUGUGGCUCAGCCUAGCCUCCAACAGUCAUCUCAAGCCAGCAGCCAGAACUCUGAACAAGCUGUAUUGCAAUCUGUGGACCAGUCCAGUCGCCUACAAUCAGCCCAAGCCAUCUCUCAGUCUGUGGACCAGUCUGGCAUCCAAGAGCCAGCCCAAGCCAGCUCACAAUCUGUUGAACUGUCAGGUAGUCUGCUUUCACCCCAAGCCAGCUCUCAGUCUGUGGACCAGUCUGGCAUCCAAGAGCCAGCCCAAGCCAGCUCACAAUCUGUUGAACUGUCAGGUAGUCUGCUGUCAGCCCAAGCCAGCUCUCAGUCUGUGGACCAGUCUGGCAUCCAAGAGCCAGCCCUAGCCAGCUCACAAUCUGUUGAACUGUCACGUAGUCUGCUUUCACCCCAAGCCAGCUCUCAGUCUGUGGACCAGUCUGGCAUCCAAGAGCCAGCCCAAGCCAGCUCACAAUCUGUUGAACUGUCAGGUAGUCUGCUUUCAGCCCAAGCCAGCUCUCAGUCUGUGGACCAGUCUGGCAUCCAAGAGCCAGCCCAAGCCAGCUCACAAUCUGUUGAACUGUCAGGUAGUCUGCUUUCAGCCCAAGCCAGCUCUCAGUCUGUGGACCAGUCUGGCAUCCAAGAGCCAGCCCAAGCCAGCUCACAAUCUGUUGAACUCUCAGGUAGUCUGCUGUCAGCCCAAGCCAGCUCUCAGUCUGUGGACCAGUCUGGCAUCCAAGAGCCAGCCCAAGCCAGCUCACAAUCUGUUGAACUCUCAGGUAGUCUGCUGUCAGCCCAAGCCAGCUCACAGUCUGUGGACCAGUCUGGCAACCAACAACCAGCCCAAUUCAGCUCACAGUCUGGCCUGCCGUCAGCACAAGCCAGCUACCAGUUUGUACCCCAGCUUGGUUUCCAAAGACCAACACAAACUGGCUACCAGUCUGUUAAUGGCCCCAGUGGUCUGCAGUCAGGACAAGCCCACUACCAGUCUUUGUCCCGGCCCAGCAGUCUGCAGUUAGGACAAGCCCACUACCAGUCUUUGUCCCGGCCCAGCAGUCUGCAGUUAGGACAAGCCCGCUACCAGUCUUUGUCCCGGCCCAGCAGUCUGCAGUUAGGACAAGCCCGCUACCAGUCUUUGUCCCGGCCCAGCAGUCUGCAGUUAGGACAAGCCAGUUACCAGUCUGUGUCCCAGCCCAGCGGUCCUCAAUCAGCCCAAGCCAGGUACCAGUCUGUGUCCCAGCCCAGUGGUCCGCAAUCAGGACAAGCCAGCUACCAGUCUGUGUCCCAGCCCAGCGGUCUACAAUCAGGCCAAGCCAACUACCAGUCUGUGUCCCAGCUCAGUGGUCCGCAAUCAGGACAAGCAAGCUACCACUCUGUGUCCCAGCCCAGCGGUCCUCAAUCAGCCCAAGCCAGGUACCAGUCUGUGUCCCAGCCCAGUGGUCCGCAAUCAGGACAAGCCAGCUACCAGUCUGUGUCCCAGCCCAGCGGUCCUCAAUCAGGCCAAGCCAGCUACCAGUCUGUGUCCCAGCCCAGCGGUCUACAAUCAGGCCAAGCCAACUACCAGUCUGUGUCCCAGCCCAGUGGUCCGCAAUCAGGACAAGCAAGCUACCACUCUGUGUCCCAGCCCAGCGGUCUACAAUCAGGCCAAGCCAACUACCAGUCUGUGUCCCAGCUCAGUGGUCCGCAAUCAGGCCAAGCCAACUACCAGUCUGUGUCCCAGCCCAGUGGCCUGCAGUCAGCCCAAGCCAGGUACCAGUCUGUGUCCCAGCCCAGCGGUCUGCAAUCAGGCCAAGCCAGGUACCAGUCUGUGUCCCAGCCCAGUGGUCCGCAAUCAGGACAAGCCAGGUACCAGUCUGUGUCCCAGCCCAGUGGUCUGCAAUCAGGCCAAGCCAGCUACCAGUCUGUGUCCCAGCCCAGCGAUCUACAAUCAAGCCAAUCCAGGUACCAGUCAGUGGCCCAGCCCAGCAGCCUGCAGUCAGCCCAAGCCAGGUACCAGUCAUUGCAACAGCUCAGCGGUCUGCAAUCAGGACAAGCCACGUACCAGUCUGUGUCCCAGCCCAGCGGUCUACAAUCAGGCCAAGCCAGGUACCAGUCUGUGUCCCAGCCCAGCGGUCUACAAUCAGGCCAAGCCAGGUACCAGUCUGUGUCCCAGCCCAGUGGCCUGCAGUCAGCCCAAGCCAGCUACCAGUCUGUGUCCCAGCCCAGUGGUCUGCAAUCAGGACAAGCCAGCUACCAGUCUGUGUCCCAGCCCAGUGGCCUGCAGUCAGCCCAAGCCAGGUACCAGUCUGUGUCCCAGUCCAGCGGUCUACAAUCAGGCCAAGCCAGGUACCAGUCUGUGUCCCAGCCCAGCGGUCUACAAUCAGGCCAAGCCAGGUACCAGUCUGUGUCCCAGUCCAGUGGUCUGCAAUCAGGACAAGCCAGCUACCAGUCUGUGUCCCAGCCCAGCGGUCUACAAUCAGCCCAAGCCAGGUACCAGUCUGUGUCCAAGCCCAGCGGCCUGCAGUCAGCCCAAGCCAGCUACCAGUCUAUGUCCCAGCCCAGCGGUCCUCAAUCAGGACAAGCCAGCUACCAGUCUGUGUCCCAGCCCAGCGGUCUACAAUCUGGCCAAGCCAGGUACCAGUCUGUGUCCAAGCCCAGCGGCCUGCAGUCAGCCCAAGCCAGCUACCAGUCUGUGUCCCAGCCCAGCGGUCUACAAUCAGGCCAAGCAAGCUACCAGUCUGUGUCCCAGCCCAGUGGUCUACAAUCAGGCCAAGCCAAGUACCAGUCUGUGUCCCAGUCCAGUAGUCUGCAAUCAGGACAAGCCAGGUACCAGUCUGUGUCCCAGUCUAGUGGUCUACAAUCAGGCCAAGCCAGCUACCAGUCUGUGUCCCAGCCCAGCGGUCUACAAUCAGGCCAAGCAAGCUACCAGUCUGUGUCCCAGCCCAGUGGUCUACAAUCAGGCCAAGCCAAGUACCAGUCUGUGUCCCAGUCCAGUAGUCUGCAAUCAGGACAAGCCAGGUACCAGUCUGUGUCCCAGUCUAGUGGUCUACAAUCAGGACAAGCCAGCUACCAGUCUGUGUCCCAGCCCAGUGGUCUACAAUCAGUUCAAGCCAGCUACCAGUCUGUGUCCCAGUCUAGUGGUCUGCAUUCAGGACAAGCCGGCUACCAGUCUGUGUCCCAGCCCAGUGGUCUACAAUCAGGCCAAGCCAGCUACCAGUCUGUGUCCCAGUCUAGUGGUCUGCAUUCAGGACAAGCCGGCUACCAGUCUGUGUCCCAGCCCAGUGGUCUACAAUCAGGCCAAGCCAGGUACCAGUCUGUGUCCCAGCCCAGCAGUCUGCAAUUAGGACAAGCCAGCUACCAGUCUAUGUCGCAACAGUCAAGAUUCAAGGUCUCUACUAAGCCAGAGCAGUCAAGUUACAUGUCUCUUUCCAGUCUUGGUUCCAAACCUGUGGCGCAACCCAGUAAAAUACCACUUCAAGCUAUGAGUCUGAUGCAGUCUGUCCAGCCUGGCUUUCAAGAUCCAGCACCUCUGCACUCUCAGACUGCUAAAAAUAAGCAUUUGUUUCCAGGCAUAUUGAGGUUGUUGCAUCAAGUAAAGUCAUAG